AUGGAGAUGGGAAUCACCGGCGGUUGGGCGGUGCUCCCCUUCUCUAUUUCAGUCACCAUCGCUAUUACCAUCACCAUCACCAUCACCAUCACCAUCACCAUCACCAUCACCAUCACCAUCACCAUCACCAUCACCAUCACCAUCACCAUCACCAUCACCAUCACCAUCACCAUCACCAUCACCAUCACCAUCACCAUCACCAUCACCAUCACCAUCACCAUCACCAUCACCAUCACCAUCACCAUCACCAUCACCAUCACCAUCACCAUCACCAUCAACAUUGCCAUCACCAUCAACAUUGCCAUUACCAUCACCAUCGUCAUCACCGCCGUCAUUACCGCAGUCAUUACUGUUUUUAUAUAUUUCCCUCUUCAAUCCGACCUUAAAGAUGUUGUAUUCGAUGAUCAAACAAAGAUACUGCUAUCAACUAAUUCUCAAGUGAUCUCAGAAAUCUGA